UAUGGUUGGAAUUAACAUUAAUAGGAUGGUAAUAAUUUUCUUUUUUGAUUUAUCUCCCUCUUUUAGAUCUUCCUAGAAAUCAAUUCUUCACGCCAUCUAUGCCAGCCGAGAAGAAUAUAGAGAAGAAUAAAAAUUGCAAAUUGCACAUUGGAAACCUUCCUCUUUAGAUUACAGAAGAGACAUUACAUCGUGUGUUCUCCAAAUAUGGUUAAAUUAAAGAAGUUAAGAUCAUUCGCAAAAAUAGUUAAGGGGUUUAGUUUUUUAUAUAUAUUUAAAUAAGUAACCACUAAAAGAUUACUGCUAUGGGUUUGUUCUUAUGUGUGAUGGUGAUGGAGCUUAAAAUGCUGUCACAGAGUUGAAAUAAAACAGUCCCUUGGGUACUACAUGGACAGUUGCUUUUAGUAAAGAUAAAAAUGAUGUAUGCUUCUAUGUUUUUGUAUUCUUUUCUUAAGGAUUCUGCUGGUGCCGGUCAUUAGAAAUCUGAUAAAAAGAAGGAUGAUAAGAUUAAAAAGAAAGAGAAAUCAAAAGAGAGAUUAAAGAAAGAUAAAUCUAAACCAAAAAAGAAAGUUGUAUUUUUUAAUUAAUAAAAGAAGAAGAAAUCAGAAUCAUCGUCCUCAUCUGAUUCUUCAAGAGCAAGAUCUGCUAAAAAAUAAAAAAAAUAAAAAAAGCGUAAACAUUCUAGUUCAUCUGAAUCAUCUUCUUCUAAAUUGCCACCUAGAAGUGCUCUAGUUAAAGUUGAGAAUAAGGAUAUAGCAGAUAUAGUAUUUUCAGGUGGCGAUUUAUAGUCUCAUCUAAUUUAUUAAUAAGUAUGUUAAUGUCUAAAAAAUAAAGUAGCCGUAGUAAUAAUAUCAAAUAACUCAUCAUGUAUAUGUAAGAGAGUUGUUUAUAUCUGGAAUACCUCAAUCUAAGAUUUCUGCUGAUAUAUAAAGAAUCUUUUCUGCUUAUGGUAUUGUAGAGAGAAUUGAUAUUGUUCCUAAGUAAUUAGUCAAUUACGCAUAUGUGAAAUUUAAAAGAUUGGAAUCAGUUCUAUAAGCUAUGCAAAACUCAUAAUUAAUAGCAGAAUAAUUGGAGAGUGCAGGAUAAGUUAAAAUAUAUUAAUCUGAUCCAUUUCGUAGAGUUUAAAUUGUAGGCAAUGCUGAAGAUAGUGAAAGAGUAAAAUUAUAUAAUAAAUUAAUAGGAAGAAGAAAUGUGGCCAGUUAUGUUCAUAGGUUUUCCUCCAAAUUAAAAUUAUGUUUUGGAUGAAAAGUUUUUAAAGAAAAUGGCUGAGAAAUUUGGAGGUGAAGUUAAAGGAAUAUAACAUUUCUAACCUGAUUCUCCUUAAUUGAGAUCUUAUGUUUUAAUUGAAUUCUCAUUUUUAAAAGAUUGUAAAAAAGCCAGAAGAAAAUUUUGUAGAUAUAAAAUACAAAUUUUGGGUGAUAAAAAAUGUGAUGUAGCUAUCUUAUCAAAUUAUCCAGCUAAUCUAUAAAAUAAAAGAUAAACUAAUAUGUUUAUGUAAUAACAAUUUGGAAUGGGUAAUAUUAUCAUUUUAUAAUUAGAUUAUAUGUAAGUUAAUUAAUAAAUACCUAUGCAUUAAUAAAUGGUAUAAAGAUAAAUGCCAUAAUAAGUAUAAAUGCUUGCUCCUUAUCAAAGUUAACCUAUACCUUAAUAACAUAUACCUCCUCCUAAUUUACAAAAUAUGUAUGAUUACAAUUAAAUCCCUAUGUUAUAUCCUCAAUAAUAAUAAAAUUAAUAACAAAUGAUGUAUAUGAAAAAUCAAUAGCAAUAAUUGUAAAUUCCUGCUUAAACUCCUGUUUAAUCUCAAUUCAGACCAUAACCUCAACCAGUUCCUUAAACUUAAUAACCUCCACAAUUACAAUAUUAUUAAUAGCUUAAUCCUUAAGCUUAAGCUCAAAGUUAUUUACCAUAAUAAUAUUCAAUGGAUAUGAUCAUCCCUCCUCCAACUAUAAAAUAAGAUGAAAUCAAUUCACCCUUUUGGUGUGGUUAUAUGAAUAGAGGGAAAUAACAUCGUGUUGGAAUAGAUGCAAGAAUGCAUAAAAUUAACAUAGAUAUAAAGAAGAGUACUAUUAAUUAUUUAUUUAGUUAAUUUGCCAUCUAAUUUAGAAAUGAGUUAUAAAUGUACUUAUCAAGAUGCUUAUCAGAGAGCAGGUUAAGAAUAAUCAGCCAUUUUAAUAUUUAGUCCUGCUUAAGAGACAGACUUUCCAAAAUUUACUGAAUAUGUAUAAUAUUUAAGAAAUAAGGUAUUAAUUAAUUAAUAGUAUUUUAGUAAAGAGCAGGUGUAAUUUAAAGUGAAACAUUUACAAUUUAUGUUAUUCCUCCAGGAGUAUCAGAGGCAUAACUAAUUUGCAAUAUCAAUUAAUAAGAGAUGAUAGCUAUCUAUUGUCAUAAGGAAUAAAAAUGA